AUGCUCGUUUAUCUGCCAUUCGCGUGCGUGCAGCCUCUGAGAGACGCAGAUCCGCAGUUGUACAAACUUAUCGCAGAGGAGAAAAAGCGUCAAAUAGAGUGUAUUGAGCUCAUUGCAUCGGAAAACUUCGUGAGCUCUGCUGUCCAAGAAUGUCUGGCCAGCUGCCUUACGAACAAGUACUCUGAAGGCCUGGUGGGAGCUCGAUACUACGGCGGCAUGGAAUUCGUGGACCAAAUUGAAUCACUGUGCAUCCAGCGGGCUAGAGAAGCCUUCCGUUUAGACCCCGAGGAGUGGCACGUCAACGUCCAGCCGCUCUCUGGCAGUCCGGCCAAUCUCGCCGUUUUCUUAGCCCUUCUGCAGCCCCAUGACCGCUUUAUGGGCUUAGGCAUCGUUGAUGGAGGUCACUUGACACAUGGCGCUUACACCCCAUCUCGGCGGAUCAGUGCCACCUCCAUCUUCUUCGAGUCGCUGCCCUACGGCCUGGACUCCAAGACAGGACUGAUUGACUAUGAUGAGCUCGAGAGGCUAGCACUGAAAUUCCGCCCUAAGCUUAUUAUCUGCGGCCACUCAGCCUACCCCCGACUGCUCGACUACAAGAGAUUCAGAGAGAUUGCCGAUGGGGUGGGAGCCUUUUUGUGGUGCGACAUGGCGCACUUCAGUGGCUUUGUGGCUGCAGGAAUCUUUGAGUCUCCCUUCGCCUACUGCGAUGUUGUCACUACCACUACCCACAAGACCCUCAGGGGCCCCCGCAGCGGCAUCAUCUUCGUGAAUACUAAGCGGGUCGCUGACGGCGCCUCUAAAAUCGAUUCCGCUGUUUUCCCCGGACUACAGGGGGGACCCCAUGAAAAUCGCGUUGCGGGUGUGGCAUAUCAGCUGAAGCAAACCUGCACGCCAGAGUGGCGUGCCUACUCUGAGUGCGUCUUGAAGAACUGCAAAGCGCUAGCAAAGGACUUGCAAAGUCACGGCUUGCAGCUCGUCACUGGCGGCACUGACAACCAUCUGUUGCUUGUUGAUUUGAAGCCCCAAGGGCUUACAGGGGCGAAGCUGCAGUUGGUCUGCGACAUGGUGAACAUCACGCUGAACAAGAACGCCAUUCCUGGGGACUCUCCUGCGAUUCCAACCGGGGUGCGCAUUGGCACCCCGGCAAUGACCACCCGCGGUUUCGGAGCCGAUGAGUUUAAACGAGUCGCUGGAUUUAUUAAGGAGGCAGUAGAUAUUUGCUGCGAAAUCCAGGAAAAAUCGGGUAAGAAGCUUGCAGACUUUCGCAAACAUGUUAGUGCCACGCAUCCCCGGAUCGCGGACCUCCGAGAGCGCGUUAUAGCCUUCGCACGCAGCUAUCCAAUGCCAGGUCGAGCCGAGAUAUAA